AACCCAUAGUCAACACCCUAUCUAGUCAAACUCCAUCCGCCGUCCACCGCCGGCUGCGCCACCAUGCGUCCUGGUACCACGCUUGGCACAGCUGCCGGAAAACACCCGCUGUUUCGGGGGAUUCGGACCAGAAGCGGCAAGUGGGUUUCCGAGAUUCGCGAGCCCGGAAAGACCACGAGGAUAUGGCUGGGGACUUACCCGACGCCGGAGAUGGCGGCGGCCGCAUAUGACGUGGCGGUGCACGCCCUUAGGGGAAACGACGCCGUGCUCAACUUCCCAAGCCUCGUGGACAGGUACCCCGUGCCUGGUUCCCAUUCGCCGGCGGAUAUCAGAAGUGCCGCCGCUGCCGGAGCUACUAUAGUUCAGCGGAUUCAUAGCGGCGGUGAUUGGGGAGCAGGAGGCGUGAAUGACGGCGCACGUCCGGCGGCGGAGGUGGAUGAGAUGCACGGGAACGGGGAGUACGUCGACGAAGAAGCUUUAUUCGAUAUGCCCAAUUUGCUGGUGGACAUGGCGGGUGGCAUGAUGGUGAGUCCGCCGAGAAUGAGUGCGCCGGCAGCCGAUGAUCCGCCGUCUAAUUCCGACAUUGAAAGUCUAUGGAGCUAUUAAUGUACUAACGUGGAGCAUAUAUGCACGGACUAGUUCUACGUAUAUGACCUGCAUGGAAUGUCAUGCAAAGAAAUGGAAACGGUGUUC